AUUAUGAAUGUUAAUGUGAUCCAAUCAAAAUUUUUUUUAUAAUACCUUGUUAUAACCAAGGUCUAUUUUUGAUUAGUUUUAUUAAAUUAAAAGCUAAGAAAAAUGUUGUAUAUAUAUAGUUUAAAGUUUUUUAAGUAGUUUAAUUUUACAUUAUAUAGGGUUCUAAAAAUUAACUUACUAAAAAAAAUGUCAUUUCAAGAAGAAAUUGUUCAUACAUUUUUUGUUCACUUAUCUCAAUCUAACUUUGAUCGAGCCAAAGAUUUUAUGGUACUUUUGAAAAGCAGCGAACCAUGUCAUUGAGUUAUAGUUGGCCUAAAGCUUUAUUUGAUAUUCUAUGUGACUUUGCUUUAGCUGAAAAAAACUAUGCUGAUACUAAUUUUGUACCAUCCAAAAGCAAAAUGUUUGUACGCAGAGAUGAUGAGAAUUACCUUAGAUUUGUAUACAAAACUUUAAUUCAAGACUUAGAAAAACUGAAACUGCUUGUAACUAAUGACUUUUUGAUUCGAUUGAUCACUGCUCUUCUUUAUUUUAUGUCUGUUAGACUUAAACUACUUGAGUUAUAUGAUCAAAUUUAUAUUAUUGGAUCAUCAAACACAUUCAUAGAUUUUGAUGACUUAACAGAAAAAACUGAAAAAAUUGAAAAUUUCACUAAUCAUCCUUCACCAGUUGAUGAAAUUUUAAAAAUUCUACAAUAUGAGCAUAAUUGCCUAAAAUAUCUGUUCAAUUGUCAUAAAUAUUUAGAAAAUUGGCAGUAUUUAGAAUCAUUAAUUAACUUAAAAAAAGGUUGUGAUAUAAUAUGUAUUUGGGAAAAAUGUUUUCAAAAUAAAGAAACUUGGCGAUUUGGGUCAUCAUUUUUAAACAAGAAUACAUUUCCAGCUUUAUUUUUGUGGCACAAGAAAUUUAAGAUGAUGACACUUUCAAAAUUCACAUUAUAUUUUUAUGCAAUAUUAUUACAACAAAGUACAUUGCAAGAUAUGAAAAAUGUAUGUAACAAUCAUAACAUUAAUCUAUUUCUCAAAAUGCAACAAUUACAAAAAAAAUCUGAAGCUCAAACUGUGAUAUUAGUUUUUAAUUCUACUGGUCUUGUUGACUACAGAGGUCCUGGUUAUUGGAGUCCUACAAGAGAGCCAAUGAACCCUUCUUUAAAGCAUCAAAUAAUGCUUAGUUACCCAAAAGUACCUGUUCAACUAGACCUCAUUGAACAACUUAUAUCAGAAAAAAUUGAUACUGAUAAAUCAAUGAAUAAAGUUUUGUGGGUUAAUUUUUCAUCUAGUGCAUAUUUAUUGGUCACAGUGGAUUUGAAAAUUACCUUAGUGCUGUUGUAUGAACGUAGACCCAGAAGUGAAGAAAGAGAUAAAGCAAAUGCUUGUGAUUUUGUUUCCCAAUUACGUUGUCACAGACAUUUUCUUACCAUUUAUAAGUAACUUUAAUGUGAUAAUUUUAAUGACAUUUUACAUAAAAUAAUUUAUUUAGUUAUUGGCUAUUUUUAUUAUAAUAAGAUUGAUAAUAUAUGUUCAAAUAAUUUAUUAUAUUUAUUUUUAUUUUUAUGAUGUUAUAAUAAUACC